AUGGCACACAGCAAGCGCAACACAUCUCGCAGUGUCUUCACCUCUCAUGAGCGUGACAUCGCUAAGGCCGCAUGGUCCUCGACCUCUGCGCGACUGACUAGGGACUCAUUCCUUCCGUUUGGCUCGUGCUACCUCUGCCUAGAGAUAGCUAGGGAUCCGGUGUCUUGUAGCCACGGCGAUAUUUUCUGUCGAGAAUGUGCUGUUGCGAAUCUCCUGGCACAAAAAAAGGAGAUUAAACGUUUGGAUCGGGCACGGGAGAAAGCUGAGCAAGAAUAUCUCGAGGCUCAGGCUCGCCAGGACGCCGAAGCUCAAGAGCGUACCGUCACAGAAUUUGAGAUGAUACAAGCGGGGAUUGUCCCCUCGCUCUUGUCUGCAUCUUCAAUGUCAGCUUCCAGAUCGACCACAACCGAUGCUGAUACAAUUGCCGAUGAGUCCACAGCAAAACAGGGUACGAAACGGAAGUUCGUUUUGGACCAAGUCGAGUUGGAAAGAAUAGCGAAUGAAGAUCGCAUCAAAGCCAAAAAGUCGAUUCAAGACGAAAAAAUCUCUAAGAAGUCUCUGCCAUCAUUCUGGACUCCUUCCCAGACUCCAGACGCCGAUGCAGCCCGCAAAGCAACAGAUAAACUAAAAAAGCUCAAAUUAACUCCUGUUUGCCCUGCCUCGCCUGAAGAACUUCAGCAUCCCUACUCCCUCAAGAGCCUGAUUCGGCUAAAUUUUAAAGAAGAGACUGACCCUCAAACGAAAGGCACUCGGCGUGUUUGUCCUUCUUGCCUGAAGAUCCUUGGAAAUGCCUCAAGACCUCAGCUUGCCGAGAAAUGUGGCCACAUCAUAUGCAGAAGUUGUGCCGCAAAGUUCAUGUUAUUGGAGAAGGAUAACCAUGCUUUGCAGCAGGAGAACGCUUGCUAUGUCUGCGAUGCGAGGCUUGCGUCCAAGGAUAUAAACGAGAAGCAAAAAAAAUCCAAGGGAGAGUUUGUUGGACUGAUCGAACUUCGAUCUGAUGGCACUGGUUUCUCUGCGCGUGGUGCAAACAAGGUUGAGAAGAGCGGGGUGGCUGCUUUCCAAUGCUGA